AUACUUCCGAAGAAGGGAAGUAUUAUGCGGUGGUGCUCGAGCAGGUGCAGGAAGUCGGGGUGGUUUAGCCAGCGAUGAUGCCGACGAUGAUGUAUGGAUGGCGCCUAAAACUCUUCUCUUUUACGCCAAACGGAAUGGCAGCUAUUGGCUCUCCAACUUCCCCGGUCUGCCCGUAGCGGACGCUUCUCCGCUGGUGGAUUUAACUGACAAAGAACUCACUUUUGAGUCGGAGUUGCUUCUGGCGAUUUCUAGCACCAUGGAAGGAAACCCGCUUCUUAAGCGUCACAAUUAUUUUGCCAGUUAUAAGAUGUGUGGAACAGUCUACGUGCUUCUGGAGAAGCGUGACACUCUGUUCCCCCUGACCCCUCUGUCCUCAUGUGGCUCUACUUUGGGAGUUAGAUCGGUGGACUCCAAUGAGGGUCUGCGACGGGCUCGUCCGACCUCGGAAUCCAUCGUGGGCAGUGAGGAAGGCCAAGAUGCCGACUGGAUGUCUUCUGGCCGGUCGUCUCCCGCUGGGGUCACCCGCAACGAAGGCCACGCUUCUUCGGUGGAUGGGAACAUGCAAGUUGGCUGGCAGAAUCUAGGGAGAAUUGUCCACAGGAACGGUCGUUUUCCUAGGGUCAAGUCGGGCUGGUCUGCUCCUCGCCACACUAAGCUCCCCUCAGUGGUCAGAUGGGACAAGCUUACCGAUGAUGACGGGAUCAUCAAGCCCAGCAACAGCGAGGGUCAUGCUUCUGUGGCCCUCUCUGAAGACAAACGGAUUUCUCAUCUUCAAGCUGCUAAAUACGACCACCACGCUUUGGUGAUCGACUCUAGCAAGGACAAGGCCACGUCCAGCAACGAACAAGCUGCCGAAAAGGGCCGACACAUGGCUACACAUCCUCUCAUUGUUGGCCAAGAUAUCCAGACCAACAAGAGCGAUACCGAGGACAAUGCGAGCAUCAAAUCCACGCUGGCACGCAACGGUUCCGCUUCCUCUGGGUCCACCUUUGCCGCGAAGCUUGCUGAUGCCACCGAUGCUCUGAAAGAGAAAAUGCCCUCGCUCACCCGGACCCCUUAUCCUCCCCUCUCAGGCUUUGACACCUCCCUUCUUCAACGCCUCCCUUCACCGUACGGCAACCUAUACCUUUCCCCUCCGACUAGCUCCUACCCUCACAAUCCAUCUUAUCCUUCCACUUCCCGGUAUGGCGCCGUAUCCGCCCCCUUGGAUGAUGGCCUGUCUUGCUGCCCCCCGCACGCGCUCGCUUACAAUGCAUAUCCCCGGGGAGAUUACAUGUCCCCUGCAUACAGACAACCGGUUGACCAUAUCGCUAAACACUGUCCAUCGUCUUCGGGGCCUGCUCCCACGUCUCCCGCGGCUUCUAUUCCUCCUGUGGCUUCUGUUCCCGCUGAGGCUCCGGCUCCGGCUCCGGAUUCCACCACGGCUCCGACACCCACGGUGGAUUCCAAGCCUGCUUAUGACGGCCCCGACUGGUAAACUGAUCAUAUCUAUUGGCCUGGUUUCUGAUCCAUCUAACAAGGACCAGCAUUCCCGAAUUGAUGAUCAUGGUUUAAUCGGGAUACUCGUUGAAUUGUUCGCUUUUUCGACAUGAUUGAUUGAUCGAGAUUGCUUUAUUUCCUUCGAUAUCUUGAUUUUGAUCUGAUUGCUUUUCUCUUCUCUGUGUUACGUAUUGCGUUCUUGCUUUCGUGAUCAAUUAAUUAAAAAUGAACUGAAGUUCCCCAAUAGUCACAGCUAUCCAAUGAUCUAUUCCUUUCUAGUCUUCUCUGCCCUUCUCUCUUCUUUUCUGUUCCAUUUUUCCCUUCACUCUUAUAAGAAACCCAACUCCACCUACCAUAUGAACUACCAACCCGUGAGAAACUAUUGAAAUG